ACGGGACACGUGCCGCCCGCUGGUCUAACCUCGGCGGCCGCGACCCAGGCGCGCACGCAUUGCGCCUGCUGGUGUUUAUUAGACACACAGGCGUGCUCGCAAGUCCACAGCCCGGCUGAUGCUCACAGCUCACACCCCCACGAAUGUCCUCACUGCCAGUGGCCCGGAAAGCCCAAAGGAAUGAUCCUCAAAUACCCGAGCUCUUCCUGCUCCCCACCCCCGCUCCCGGCGUUCUUCCAAGUGACAGAUUCGCCUAAUUGAACGGUUGUGGGUCAUCUUCUGUAACCGUUGGACGACACAUCUCCACGCUUCAGUUCUUCAUGUUUUAAACACAUAUUUAACGGAUGGCUGCAGAGCCAGCUGGGAAACACGCGGGUUGAAAAAUAAAGCCCCAGAAGGCAUGAGACUGGGGCAAAGGGGAGAGUCUGCUGGGUUUCCUGGUGUAGAUGGGGCUGGAAGGCUUAUCCAGGAAGUGAGAGCAAUAACGCCGGUUUCUUUUCUGUGUUUGUUUAUUUUGUAACUUUGCUACUUGAAGGCGAAUUGCUUGCUAAAUUUGCCUGGUUUUUAAAAGCCCUGCAUACAAAUUAAAAGUUCCCAAACAACGGAGGUAACGUGAGGACAGUAACAGUCCCUGAGAGGGAGAAAUGGGACCCGUUUGUGUGUCUGCAGUAUAAAGGGCUAGGAUCCAGAAACCGGAGAAGCAAACAAAUAGGGAAAAUCUUAGAGGUCAGGGAGAUGUCAGCUGCCUCUGUUAUAAAGGAACCGCCAACUCUCCCAUCUGCAGUCCAGGCAAGGCUGAGCGGCAAACUGGUCAGCAUUUUUCCCCUGGUAGGCUUGCUGCCCGAUUUUCCCAUCUUUAAAAUGGGUGGGGGCAUUAGCACCACGGAUCCACCUCAGCUGGUCGCUUCUCUAGACCGGGUUUAAUUCUUCGUGGUCAAGGUGUUCCGGGUUUGAGAGCCAGGCAGCGAUUGGUAAAUGCUGCAGCGAGUGGUCAGAUCUCGCCCUCUGGCCUGCGGGUGUGGAGGUCUUUACCCAAGCUUGCGCCUUUUUUUGGGCAGAUAAACCAGCCUGGCUCCCCUACCCCAGGGCGUGCUGACCACCUUAAAGAUGGUGCAAAAAAUACCCUCAUCUAGUUCCCAUGCUGUGAGGGGGUGCUUAACCCUGAGUUCGACUCUCGCCUUGUGUUGUUAGCAUGGUUACUGCGCGGAAAUACGGCUUCCCUGUGUCUAUACCAUAGUCAACUUUAUAAAGAGUUGGGAUUUCCUUCCAAACAGCAUUCUGGAGUCAGUCCCCUCCUUCCGUGCCGGCUUGCUCCCUGGCGAGGCCCUUGCCCCCAGGUGGGGGCGCUACCGGCCGCCGGCCAAGCUGCGGCAGCCACCACCUCCCAGAAGCGCGCUUAGAGUACGAAGAAAGUAGGAGCUUUGUGUCUGGUUUAUCCGGUACAUUUGGGGUUCAAAAUGUGCACGUGCUGCUGAAACCCACGAGAUGGGAACAGGUGGCAAGAACGCAGAGAGAGAGUGAAGCAAAGCAAAGGAGGACACUCCAGCCCCAGCUCCUGGGUCGCCUGGGUUGUCCUUACGGAUCCCCAAGAUCCGAACGCCAUGGGUAUCCGGUUAGUAAGUGUGCAGAGCCCCCAGCCCAUCCCCUAGCCUGACGACAGGACCGUAUUUUCCUGGACAUUUGACAAUAUUCCCUCGCUCCCAACCGCGUUCGGCCCUCUGCACUUCCCCCGAGAGCCUGCCCUCCUCCUCCCCUUUGCCUCUCACACGCCCUCUCGGGGUCCUUCCUCCAGUCCCUCCCUAAGAAUCUCCCGGCCGCCGGCGCCCAUUGGCUGGGCGCUGGGAGGAGGCGUGUGCCGGGUCCGGCGAGUUUCAUUGAGCGGAAUCAGCCCGGAUGACAUCAGCUUCCCAGCCCCCCGGGCCGGCCCAGCUCAUUGGCGCGGCGGCCCCUCCAGGACCCGCACAUUGUUCCCCGCCCCCGCUUCGGCCACCGCCGCGGUCGCCGCCACCACCGGGCUAUAAAAACCCGCCGAACCCGGAAAGGUGCGGAUGCUGAUCAUAGACCAAGGCGACAUCGGCGCCCGGGCCGGGUUCUCUGUUGCGGCUUUGGGGAACCAGCUUCUGUAAUUGCAUCCACAGCGUCCGUGGAAGCUCUGAGUGCCCAGGGAGGAAGGACCGCGUGAGAGCUGCGCCUAUCCCUCGGGGCCAUGGACUCGGACGCCAGCCUGGUGUCUAGCCGCCCGUCGUCGCCAGACCCCGAUGACCUUUUUCUGCCAGCCCGGAGCAAGGGCAGCGGGGGCAGCGGCUUCACGGGGGGCACCGUGUCCUCGUCCACACCGAGCGACUGCCCGCCAGAGUUGAGCACCGAGCUGCGCGGCGCCAUGGGAGCAGCGGGCGGGCACCCGGGGGACAAACUGGGCGGUGGCGGCUUCAAGUCGUCUUCGUCCAGCACCUCGUCGUCCACGUCGUCAGCGGCUGCGUCGUCCACCAAGAAGGACAAGAAACAGAUGACUGAACCCGAGCUGCAGCAGCUACGCCUCAAGAUCAACAGCCGCGAGCGAAAGCGGAUGCACGACCUCAACAUCGCCAUGGACGGGCUGCGCGAGGUCAUGCCCUAUGCGCACGGCCCGUCCGUGCGCAAGCUCUCCAAAAUCGCCACGCUGCUGCUGGCGCGCAACUACAUCCUCAUGCUCACCAACUCGCUGGAGGAGAUGAAGCGACUGGUGAGCGAGAUCUACGGCGGCCACCACGCCGGCUUCCACCCAUCGGCCUGCGGCGGCCUGGCGCACUCGGCGCCCCUGCCCGCGGCCACCGCGCACCCCGCGGCCGCCGCGCACGCAGCGCACCACCCGGCCGUGCACCACCCCAUCUUGCCUCCGGCCGCGGCCGCCGCCGCUGCAGCUGCGGCCGCCGCUGCGGUGUCCAGCGCCUCCCUGCCCGGCUCCGGGUUGUCAUCAGUCGGCUCGAUUCGGCCCCCUCACGGCCUGCUCAAGUCUCCAUCGGCGGCAUCAGCAGCCCCGCUGGGGGGCGGGGGCGGCAGCAGCGGGGGCAGUGGAGGCUUCCAGCACUGGGGCGGCAUGCCUUGCCCCUGCAGCAUGUGCCAGGUGCCACCGCCGCACCACCACGUGUCGGCCAUGGGCGCCGGCAGCCUGCCGCGCCUCACCUCCGACGCCAAGUGAGCUGGCCGCUGCAGGCGCGUUCUGGCGAGCGGGGUGGGGCGGGGGCCCGGAGGCUUCGGGGAAGCAAGGACUGGCCGGCUCUGGGUCCUGGGAGCUCAGUUCCUAAGAGGAGCGCAGCACCGUGGGCUGGGGGGUGGGGACAAUGGCGAGGACUCCAGCACCCAGGAACCGAAGCAGUGGAGGCGCGCAUCGAACGGUGGGGGAGUGAGAGGGGCAUUUGCUCUGGGACCGGGUUCAACCCUCUCUGGCUUUAAACCGCGCCGCUCCGGUAAACACCGUUUUAUAAGAAAGCACCGCUACCUGCACCCCUUCCUCCAACUCCCCCCACCCCUAUGCCCCCGCAAAAAAAAGAGGUAAUUCUAAAAACUGUGGUUUUCCUGCGAACUUGGCCGCCUUCGGCCCUGGGCAGCACUUCGUUAUACCGGGGAGGAGGUGAGAGAGGAGAGCGCUGGGGACUUUCUCUCCCUUCUCUUUUCUUGGCGGGUCGGAGAAUCUUGGGAGCCGAGCCGCACCCCAGAAGCGGCUAGUCCGGCUUCACCCUCAAGGGAGGUCCCUGGCCCAGGGCCAGGAGCCUCGAGUUAGUUUAGAAGCUGGUGUUUGGUACCAGAAGCACUUACGAUCGAGUCCCAUCUCCAUAUCUGGAUAAACCCACAACUUUUUGAGAACUGUUGCCAUUCCUCCUUGUGGCUCCUAUUGGUUUGGGGGUUGUGGUUUUCUAAUAAAUCUAUCGGUGUUCCUUUUUCAACAGUACCAGCAAGCUUUAUAGAUGGUCGGUCAGAAUAGAACCACUUGUGAAUUGGAAUAACCUGAAACUGUUGACUUUGGGUGCCGAUGUUUUUCUAGUUUCUUUAAAAUAGACUCUCCCUUCCCCUCCCUAUUCUUUCUAUCUCUGAGCACAAAGUGAUUUGGCUUCUUAGCUGAUUGGGGGCAGUCAUUUUGGUACCUGAGGGUUGGACAGAACUCAAAGGAUGUUGCUGUGAAGAUGGUUUGGGUUAUUUGGGAGUUGUGUUGGCUUUUUAAUGUUUUUCCUUUCUUGAAUGUGUAAAUAUCAUAUCAAUAAUGAGGUAAGUGUGCGCUGCUAAGCUGUUUGCUCACGUGACUGCCAGCCCCACCGGAGUCUAAGCUGGGUUUCCUUUCUAUCAGUUUCUUUUUGCCAGUUUAACACAAAUGACAAACUCCUCCGUGUGCAUCCUGCCCCCGUGCAAACCGCCUGGGCGCUACCAGUGUUGCGAUAUGGGCUUCACAGCAUCUGCCACGUAACAUUCCUCCUCUGAUCACUGCCCCUUGCAGAGAGUGUAUCAUCUGUUUUAUUUUUGUAAAAAGAAAAAAAAAGUGCUAAAUAAUAUUUAUUACUUGUUUGGUUGCAAAAAUGAAAUAAAUGAUCGAGUGGUGAGAUUUUAAAUA